AUGUCAUUGUUUGCCGAUGGCUUCCUGUGCGUUUUGGACACUAACACCACCGGUGGUGCCUUCGACGGGACUUACAAGGAAGUGUUGCAAGAGCUGGUGCCGGCAUGGGUUUGCACCUUGGAGUAUAUGCCUUGGAUUUGGGCCAUGUUCGGCUCAAUCCUGGUGGGAUUGAGCGGAGUCCUGCCGUUGCUCAUCAUACCCAUGGAUCAGACUGACAAUUUGAAACAAGGAGGUUAG